CGAUUGCUCAGCAGCAGCCUUUCAAAAGCGACCCUCGCAGCCCCGAGUCCUCUGGCCGGAACCUCCACGAUGUCUCUCAACAUGUUCCGCUCUUCACUCCGUUCAGGCCUCUCGUCGAGUCUCCGUACUUCCGCUGCCUCACCAGCAUUCUCAUCUCCUAGACUUGCACUCGCAAGGCGUUUCCUCUCUGACGAUGCGAGGACCAAAAUCCAGUCGGCCGUGAAGUCUACUCCGGUCGUGCUGUUCAUGAAGGGUACGCCGGACGCACCCAUGUGCGGCUUCUCCCGGGCAGCCAUCCAAGUGCUCGGCCUGCACGGUGUGGCCCCGGAGAAGAUCAAGACGUUCAACGUCCUGGAGGAUCAGGAGCUGCGAACUGGUAUCAAGGAGUUCUCGGACUGGCCAACAAUCCCGCAGCUAUACGUCGACGGCGAAUUUGUCGGCGGAUGCGACAUUCUCCUGAGUAUGCACCAGUCUGGGGAGUUCGAGGACUUGCUGCUGAAGAAGGGCGUCAUUCCGCCGCUCCUGGAGGAAGCACAGUCCGCUACAACGUCGUCUUCUGGAUAAACCAUUGUGCUCCUUACUUACAAUGCAUUUACUGUAAUAUACUCACCCCGACUCACUCUUGUAAUUUAUCGGAUGCUCCCCUGCAUGAUGAGCAUGCCAGUUCACCUGAAGCGCCCGACUGCAUGUGUCAGCUGGUGUCGCAUUGGCGCUUAAUUGCACAGAGC